GUGGCAAUCAAUUUCAGGAAUGAUUGGACAAUUCAGUGCUCACUGGUGAUAUCUAGCGGCCUCAAGAAAGUUGUGUGUAAAGGUUGCGGUGAUCCACGUCCUUUGUGAUCUAGCCUUCAGACCCUUUGACGAGCAGAUCCAAGCAAAUUCUAGGCGUCUGCUGAGAUCAGUAUUAUAUUGUGAAAGAAUCCAGCUGCUUGACCCUUUUUAUGAUAUUCGAGAGAUCGUCUCAGAGGAAGAGAUGGCUGUUCUCAACCGAUGAACUGACGGAAAUUCGGACAAGAAGGCGUCAAGCUUGUCUAGAUGCCGUUGCCAAGGAGGAAACCCCACAGCCUGAGGGGGUGCAGCAGCAGCAGCAACAGACUGACAUUGAUAGCAAGCCCGCGAAAAAGAGCAAGAAGACCCGGCCUCCCAGCCUAGCAGAGGAGGCCGCGCUCCUCAAGUACUACUCCGGCAAGAUCCAGGAGAUGUGUCGUGCGUUUGGCUUCCCCAACAAGGUCCAGGCGGCAGCGGUGCUGUUCCUGAAACGCUUCUACCUCCACUACUCCACGCUGCAGCAUGACCCCAAGAACAUCCUCCUCACAGCCAUCUACCUGGCCGGCAAGGUGGAGGAGGCGUAUAUUGGGGCGGAGGAGUUCUGCAAGCGGCUGCAGCAGGACGAAGAAGUGGUGCUCAACACAGAGCCGCUCGUGCUGCAGGGGCUCAAUUUUGACCUCAUCACCUAUUCCCCCUACACCUCCCUCUCGGGGUACUUUGCGGAUUUGGAGGACUGCCAGAAGGAGGGCAGUGUGAUCGACCCACCCCUGCAGGAGCUGGGGGGUGACACGCUGGCGCAGGCGCGCGCAGCUGCUCGGGCGGCAGUGGACGCUCUCAUGCUGACAGACGCCCCGCUGUUAUUCCCUCCCGGACAGCUGGCGCUGGCCGCCAUGCGCUCUGGCUGCAACAAGGUGAAGGUUCCCUUGGGCAGCUUCUUGUCCAGGGUGGCCGGCAGAGCUCAGGAGGAAGCGCGCGCAGGCUGCAGCACAGAAGACAUAGUCCAGGAGCUCAAGUCAGCAUUUGGCAGGAUAGACAGCUUUGGAUCAGAGGGAUCUCAACAAGUGAAAGCAGAGGAGGUACGGAAGAUUGACAGGAGGCUCAAAGCCUUCCAUGCGGUUGCGAGCAAAGCCAGUUCUGCAUCACAACAGGAUACUGGUGGACACAGUGAAGCUACUGCAACAGCCCAGCGGCAGAAGGCGCUUGAGGGUAGGGGAGAGCGUGAAGGCACAGAUGGCUCGGCCCAUCCGCCACUGGCAAAGCGCUUGAAGACAGGAGAAAAUGGCAGCAGCGGAAUGGAGUUGUAACAGCUCUGAUUUGCUAGUUGCUGGAGACUUUACAACACGCUGCACACCCCACUGUGCAUGCGUGGUGUGUUUGUGCAAGUAGCUUCAGACUGAUGCAACAUUGUAUGAUACUUGUUUCCCUCUACUUCCAUUAACCCUUUGUUUCACGCCAAAACAAUGUGACCUGCAGUUAUGCAUGCACAUCAUCGUGUGUACAGUAUCACCAGGCGUGUAAAUCCUCACUAUCUAGUC